CUUGACUGAGCAAGCCUCUCACUUCAAUUCUCAGUGCUUUUUCCCUAUAAGAAAAGAGAAAACUUUAUGGAAAGCACACGACUUAGUACAAACGGGCUUUAAAUAUUUAUAAAAUCUACGCAACUGCUACAGCUAAUUAUUCUUAUAUUAUUGAUAUAUUAUUAAACAAAUGGACUCGAUCAAAAAUGGGCAAUAUGUGAUGAUCAAACGCAGCGAUGGACGCAUACAUGGCGCGCUGGUGGCAAAAUGCAAUCAAGCGGAUCGAUAUAUAUCGGUUGAGUGGUAUGAACGUGGCGAGACCAAGGGCAAGGAGGUUGAUUUGGCAACUGUGCUGCUGUUGAAUCCAGAAUUGCUGGAGGCGCAGCCAGCCGAAGCAGCAGCAGCGCCAGCAUCGGCGCCGCUGCGAGCUCGAAUUGCUGGUGGAGCUGAUGUUGCUGCUGCUGCUGCUUCGCCAGCUGCUGCUUCCGCUGCUGCCGUUGCACUAAAUGUAAGCGACAGUGGCAGCUCAACGGCACGCAGAACUAUGAACAGCAACCUGGCCAAGCUGGAGGCGGAGGCGGAGGCUGCAGCAGUAGCAGCAGCAGCAAAGGCACAAGAGGAGAAGCGUGCAGCAACUUCAAAUAAAUCGCGAAUACCGGAACGACGCUCGAUAACAUUAAAGGAGGUGGAGCGCUUGAAGGAGCAGCGCGAGCAGCGACGCGCACGUCAGGCGGAACUGAAGCUGGAGGAGCAAGCGCUAAUGAAACAAGAUCCAGGCAAUCCACACUGGCGCACCUUGCAAAUGAUACGUGAAUACCAGAGCACGCUCGAGUUCGAUCCGCUGCUGGACGGGCAGCCCAUGGAGCAGCAUCGCAUCACAGUCUGUGUGCGCAAGCGUCCGCUUAGCCGCAAGGAGCGCUCACGCAAAGAGCUCGACGUGAUCUCAGUGCCACGCAAGGACAUACUCAUGGUGCAUGAGCCGCGCACCAAAGUGGACUUGACCAAGUUUCUGGAGCAUCACAAGUUUCGGUUCGACUAUGCCUUCAAUGCGGACUGCGACAAUGCGCUCGUCUACAAAUAUACGGCCAAGCCCUUGGUGCAGACAAUCUUCGAGGGCGGCAUGGCCACCUGCUUUGCCUAUGGCCAGACGGGCGCAGGCAAGACGCAUACCAUGGGCGGCGUCUUCGAUGGCAAGGUGCAGGACAGCAAGAACGGCAUCUACGCUCUGGCGGCACAGGAUGUGUUUGUCACCUUGAACGGCACGCAGUAUCGCCAUUUGAAGUUGUGCGUCUUUGCCAGCUUCUUUGAGAUCUACAGCGGCAAGGUGUUCGAUCUGCUGGCGGACAAGCAAAAGCUGCGCGUGCUCGAGGACGGACGACAGCAGGUGCAGGUGGUGGGCUUGACUGAGCAGCUGGUGGAGAGCGUCGAGGAUGUGCUCAAGCUCAUUCAGCAUGGCAAUGCAGUGCGCACCUCUGGCCAGACCUCGGCCAAUGCCAACUCGUCGCGCUCACAUGCGGUCUUCCAGCUCGUGCUGCGCACCGUGGGCAAGUCCAAGAUACACGGCAAGUUCUCAUUCAUUGAUCUGGCGGGCAAUGAGCGCGGCAUGGACACCUCCUCAGCCGACAGAGAGACACGCAUGGAGGGCGCUGAGAUCAACAAGUCGCUGCUUGCUUUGAAGGAAUGCAUUCGUGCCUUGGGCAGACAAUCGGCUCAUCUACCAUUUAGAGUCUCCAAGCUGACGCAAGUGCUGCGCGAUUCCUUCAUUGGCGCCAAGAGCAAGACCUGCAUGAUAGCCAUGAUCUCGCCGGGGUUGAGCUGCUGCGAGCACACGCUUAACACGCUGCGCUAUGCGGAUCGCGUCAAGGAGCUGCUGGUUAAGGAAGAGACAAACGACAAUGGCAAUUCCACCAAUUAAUUCAUUUCUAAUCAAAUUCAUGUUUGCAUGUUGACUCUCACCAUAAAUAAAGACCUCGUUGUC